CAAAGGCGACAGACAAAAAUGUCCCAAAUCUCCAUUUCCUCUCGUCCCUCUUUCUUAGUUUCGUCGUAUUAAAUUACCCAAAUUCCUUUUCUCUGUUCUACGAAACCUCGAUUUUCUUGCCCAGUUUCCGAGUCAUGUCCAUCUAAAAUUUUGCGCUUUUCGUUUUUAAUUGCUCUCGAAUUAGCUCGAUUCCUAAAUCUGAGGUUUUUUUUUUUUUCAUUGGCUUAAUCAAUUCGGCGUUCAAUUUGCAAGCAAUUCGGUCUCCUUUCGAUGAACUGUUUGGGAUUCCGAUUUUAUGAUUUUGAUGGUGGGUUUGAUUUUUGAAGCAAUGAAGAUGAGUUUAUGGCGAAUUGGUUUGCUGGAAUCUGGUUUUUGAUGUUCCAUUACAAUAAUGGAUCUCUGAAGACUUUUUUUUCGAUGUUAAACUCGUGAAUCUGAGGAUUGUCGUCGAGGGUAAAUCUCUUUGGAAAACAGAUCCAGGAGCAAAUUGAGGAAGCGUCUGAUAUUUGAUUUUGGAAUUUGAGGGUCUUUUUUUUUUUGGUUGGUAAAGAGAUUGGAGAAGAUGGAUCUUGUGAUCGCUGGGAAAUUCAAGCUUGGAAGGAAAAUUGGUAGUGGAUCAUUUGGAGAGCUUUAUCUAGGUGUGAAUGUCCAAACAGGAGAAGAAGUUGCUGUCAAGCUGGAAUCUGUGAAGACCAAGCAUCCCCAACUUCAUUAUGAGUCAAAGUUGUAUAUGCUGCUUCAAGGAGGAACUGGUAUUCCGAAUCUCAAGUGGUUUGGAGUGGAAGGUGAAUACAGCGUAAUGGUUAUUGACCUUCUAGGUCCUAGUCUUGAAGAUUUGUUUAACUACUGCAAUAGGAAGUUCACCUUGAAAACUGUUCUCAUGCUUGCCGACCAGUUACUUAACAGGGUUGAAUUUAUGCAUACUCGAGGUUUCCUUCACCGUGAUAUAAAGCCUGAUAAUUUUUUAAUGGGACUUGGACGCAAAGCAAACCAGGUGUAUAUCAUUGAUUUCGGAUUAGGAAAGAAAUACAGAGACCUUCAGACUCACAAGCACAUUCCUUACAGAGAAAACAAAAAUCUCACUGGGACGGCUCGUUACGCUAGUGUCAACACUCACCUUGGAGUCGAACAAAGUCGAAGGGAUGAUUUGGAAUCACUUGGUUAUGUGCUUAUGUAUUUUCUCAAAGGAAGCUUACCAUGGCAGGGAUUAAAAGCUGGGACAAAGAAGCAGAAAUAUGACAGAAUCAGUGAGAAGAAAGUAUCAACACCUAUAGAGGUGUUGUGUAAAAACCACCCUUCUGAAUUUGUUUCAUACUUCCAUUACUGCCGAUCUUUACGGUUUGAUGACAAACCUGAUUACUCUUACCUUAAGAGGCUUUUCCGCGACUUGUUCAUCCGAGAAGGUUACCAAUUCGAUUAUGUAUUUGACUGGACAGUCCUAAAGUACCCUCAAAUCGGUUCCAGCUCUGGUUCUAGCUCACGGACAAGGCAUCAUACAACCACGAAACCAGGAUUCAACGCAGGUCCUUCCAUGGAAAGACAAGAGAGGUUCGCAGGUAGGGAAACAACCCGUGAUAGAAUCUCAGGUGCAGUGGAAGCCUUCUCCAGAAGACACCCGACAACAACUUGUACGCCACGUGAUCGUUCCAGAUCAAGAAACUCUGAUGAUGGACCUUUCACUAAGCACACGCAUAGAGACUCUGAGAGACCAAACAGUUCCUCAAGAUACAGAACAUCUUCUUCUAGGAAAGCUGUUGCUGCUUCAAGCUCUCGGCCAAGUUCUGCAGGCGGACCAAGCGAAAGCCGAGCUUCAAGCCGUCUGGUUUCAUCGAGCGGUGGUGGUGGCAGCGGAAGUGGCAAUGGCCGUCCCUCGACCAGCCAGAGAAUCCAAGCUGGAUAUGAAUCCAAGACUCUGUCUUUCUCUCGUGCAACGGCUUCAAGAAACAAUCGGGAAGAUCCAUUGAGAAGCUUUGAGCUUCUGGAAAUAAAGGAAAAUGAGAGAGACAGAGAGACAGCAAAACUCAAUGAGAACUCAUCAGAAAAACUUCCUCGGAGAAAGCGGUGAAUCUUUUGGUUAAGAAAGAUUUCAUAUACUUGAACGAUCUUUUACAGGUGAUUUCUGCUACAGCUUUGCUGAGAGAUCUUUCCCAGCACUCUUCGUUUGUAUAUUUAAAUCGUGAUGUGUUUAGACAAAAUAACAAUCAAAAAUGUAGAGGGUUUCCAUGUAAAAACGGUGAACAUUGUAUUCCUAUAUUUUCUCUGUAAUAAUAAACCAAAAAAGAAAACAAACAAAAAUUGUUCUUUG